AUGGCUGAUCGAGGUUUUGUUUUCAUCCCUGUGAACGACCCACUAAGACCUGGACAGCUUGACCAUGCGCAGGCACCUCGCGGUUUCGAGGGCCAUUUCGGAGGUCCUUCGAAUCCCGGUACAGCUUCCCAGAAUCAGAUGCCUCGCAGUUUCGAUGGUCGCUUUGGAGAUUCGUCACACCCUGGUCUAGUUGCCCAAAAUCAGCAAAAUUUUACUAACCGUAUUCCGCGUUUGCCUACAUUUAUUCGAACAGAUCCUUCCCUAUGGUUCGCUCAAAUCGAAUUGAUUUUCGAAUCCGCAGGUAUUUUUUCUCAAAGAUUGAGAGCCGGCUCAGUAGUUACCGCUCUUGAUCACGAAGUCGUUCAAACUAUCGGGGAUUUAUUAACGAAUAAUAAUUAUGUCGAAAAUUUAUAUUCGGAAAUUAAAAAACGUGUUAUCGAGAAUUUUUCGCUUUCCCCUGAGUCCGAACUGAGAAGUAUCCUGAAGGGUGAAAUUAUCAGUGAUGGUAAACCAUCCCUAAUUUUGAGUCGAAUUCGACAUCUUAGACGUGGUAGAUGUAGCGAUGACGUACUCAAGACAAUUUUUCUCGAACAUCUCCCUGCUAAUUGUCGCGCAGUUUUAGCAGUUUCCGAAACAAACGAUCUCAAUCGUUUAGCUUCUAUGGCAGAUCGAAUAAUGUCGUACAGUUCAUCUGAAAAAAAUGUCGCUGCAGUGUCAGUUGACCCUGAUUCGGAAAUCUUGAAAAAAUUAGAGAAAUUGACCUUAAGAAUCGAUGCGUUAUCAACUAGAUCUCGCAACCCCUCUAAGUCGAACAAUCAUGACCGCUCAAGGUCUCGUUCUAAAUCCAAUUCUGGAGGUAAAAAUCAAGGUUUUUAUCGUUUUCAUCGUAAGUUCGGGAAAAAGGCCCAUCGAUGUUUUCAACCCUGUUCUUUCGAAAAAAAUUCGAAAAAAGAUCCGAAAAAAGAUUCGAAAAAAAACUCGAAAAAGGAUUCCAAAAAAGAUUCUGAUUCCGAUGAUUCGAAUUCGGGAAACUAA